GAGUACAUCCACACAUUGACAUUUCUAAAAUCCAAGUCCUCUUUUCGAAAUUUAAGAAACUCCACUUGGCACUUUGAUUUUCUUUUAUCUUCAUAACAGAACUAAAUCAUUAUUGAAAUCUAUCGUCGAUUCUUGUAUUAUAUCUGUGUAAAACAAAACAAAGAUGGGAAGGUCACCUUGUUGUGAUAAAAAUGGAGUGAAGAAGGGACCAUGGACGGCUGAGGAGGAUCAGAAACUCAUCGACUAUAUUCGAUUUCAUGGUCCAGGCAAUUGGCGUAUUCUUCCCAAAAAUGCUGGACUCCAAAGAUGCGGAAAAAGCUGCCGUCUUCGAUGGACCAAUUAUCUAAGACCGGACAUCAAGAGAGGAAGAUUCUCUUUCGAGGAAGAAGAAAUUAUCAUUCAGCUACACAGUGUUAUGGGAAACAAGUGGUCUGCAAUAGCAGCUCGUCUACCAGGGAGGACCGAUAACGAAAUAAAAAACCAUUGGAACACUCAUAUCCGCAAGAGACUUAUAAGGAGUGGUAUCGAUCCUGUUACUCACUCUCCACGCCUUGAUCUUCUUGAUUUGUCCUCACUUUUAGGCGCACUUUUCAAUCAGCCAAACUUUUCAUCAGUUGCAACACAUGCGUCGUCUCUGCUUAAUCCCGAUGUAUUGAGGUUGGCCUCCCUUCUCUUGCCACUUCAUAACCCUAAUACAGUUUACUCAUCGAACCUCGACCAAAAUCUUCAAACUCCAAUCACAUCAUCAGAAUCGUCUCAACCACAAGCCGAGAGUACUACCCCAACAAACAAUGAAACUUCAUCUUUCGAGCUUAUGAACGCAAGACUCGACGACGUUGCUUCCGCAGAUGUAUUACCACCUUUGUCAGAGAGUUUUGACUUAGACUCGCUCAUGUCAACGCCAAUGUCUUCUCCACAACAAGAUAGCAUUGAAGCUGGAGCCAACUCCAACAGUUUCUUCGACUUUGGUUUUCCGGAAGAUUUCAUCUUAGAUGACUUUAUGUUUUAAUUUCCAACAUAUGCAUACACAUAUAUAUAUUUCUUUCACAUAUGAUUCUUUGUUGCAUUCUUUCUUUUGUUUGAUGUAUAAACUUCUUGUUUUUGUUUUGUCAAAGAUAAAGUUAUUAGUCUAUAAAAUUUUCAUGAAUGG